AUGGUGGCUGUUUCGAGAGUUAGCUCGAUCACUGACUCGCUUGCUUUCAGCACAGGCGACGACCUUCAGAGUUUUUACACAGCUCUGGACGACUCCAACAAUGACUCCAUCUUGGAUGUAGUUACAGACACCACCAUUGCCGACGUUGGAUCCGUGAGCGCAGACGAGGAGUCCCUUGUUGACGAUGUUGACCUGCUAUCACGCAAUAUGGUCGUUCUCAAGAAAGCUCCCGAAACCUCGGAUGAGACACUCAGAGUCAACAAACAAUUGCUCAAAGAUGAACUGCGGGUCACGGGACUUAUCAAUACGCUGAUAAACAGUUAUCCACCCAGUCUGGAAGUUUCUGAGGACAUCGAAGAACCUCCUCGUAAGCGUCUGCAAAUUGUGUGGAGCCGGCUCCGCAGGCUGAUAAGGAAACUUUUCAGACGUCGCCAUUAG